CAAAUCAAUCGUUCAUUUUGACUAAUUCCAUAAAGAUGUUUUGCUUUUUGAAAAUGAAUCAACACACCGCUUGUCUAGCUUUGUUCUGUUUGAUCAUGAUGGUGGCAGUGCAGGCUAAUGACGAAACCAAUGUCCAGUAUAAAGAUUGUGGCCAUAAUGAAAUCAAAUCGCUAUAUCUAAGUGGAUGUAAUGUUCACCAAAAAUCCUGCAUCCUUCACCGACAUAACAAAAAUCAAUUGCGACUCGGUUUUGUGGCCAACGAAAACACUGGCAAAACGAUUAAAACACGUUUUAUUUGCAAUCUGGCCGGUUUGGAAGUCGGCUGGCCUGGCAUCGACGGUACUGAUGCUUGCCAAGGACAUGGUCUUUCAUGUCCGCUUACCAAAGGCCAAUCAUAUAACUAUAAUCUGGAUUUCAGUUUGGGCGAUGACGUUCCAUUGGUAAACGUUACCGCUACAGUGCGAUUAGAAGAUGAACAGGGUGGCAAAUUGGCCUGCGCUCGUAUGCACAUUAGUUUGCAAGCUUAACGCAUUUUCUUCACACUAAACAAUUGAAUAAAAAUCCCCUUUCUUUCUGAUCAAA